AUGAUCAACGUCGACCCGCCAGCUGGAAACUUUCCUGCGUCCGGAGGAAACUCUACGCACAAUAUCGUUUCUGAAUCGGAUUCUCGUUUGGCCUUCAAAGUGAAAUCGUCGAACAAUGAACACUAUCGUGUCCGUCCAGUUUAUGGUUUCAUUGACGCCAAAGGCAAAGCUAAACUGGAUGUUAAUCGUCUCCCUGGACCCCCGAAAGAGGACAAAAUUGUGAUCCAAUAUGCUGAAGUACCCGCUGAAGAAACUGACCCGCAAGCUCCGUUCAAGGCUGGAGCCCAACAAGGGGAAGUCAUUGUGAAAAUUACGGCUGCAUGA